AGGGCGCGGUGCUCCUGGACACGGGGCAAACCAAGCAGGUGUGCACCAGCACGUCGCUGGUGAACUAUCGCCUUGUUAUGUUUGUCUCGCAGCACCUCCCCUUCUCUCCGGGUCCGCCCAUGGGCCUGAAGCGGGGGGCCUGUGCCGCCGCCGCGCUGAGGGACAGCCAGAUCCUGGUUCUGGGCGGUGCCACUGGCCAUACCGCUCACGAUGCCACGGAGGUGCUCAUGCUCAGCGACUCCAACAAGAUGUCCGUCGCGCCGGGCCCGCGCCUGAGAGCGCGGCGGCGGGAGCCGGCGACCAUCAGGCUGGACGGCGGCCGCUUCAUGGUCAUCGGCGGCCACGACGGCUCCGAGUACCUCAACUCCACCGAGGUGCUUAGCCUGAAGACGAACGAGUUCGUGCCAGGGUGCCGGCGCGGGACGAGGAGGACAUCAACAUUGGCGUGCUGGCCGUCUACGACUCCAGCUGCCCUGGCCAGUGCUGCUUCGAGAUCUCGCCGCGCCGUUCCUGCUGCCCCGUCUAGAUCACCCUGUCCACGGAAUGGGCUCUGCUGGUGUGUGUGUGUGUGUGUGUGUGUGUGUUUGCCUCCCCUCUUCUUCCCUCCCUCUGUUCUUGUCGGGGCACCCCUUCGGGGGAGGGGGACCGUGGCACUCCUAGGGCACUGGCACCUGGCCCAGCAGGGCCAGGUGCCAGCCCUGGCUGGCCCUUCAUUUCCCUCGCACAGUUUUUCCUUCGCAGCACUGCCCGCCGAUUUUUUGUCAGGCCCAGGUUAAGUGCACGAGUUUGCCUAUCGCAGGUCGACUUGUGCGGCGUUCUCGGUACGACCUCGACGUUGUCUCGAGCAUCUCGAAAGAUCUGUCUGCAUCAGGUUUGCCUCUUCCCUCUUUCCCCUCCCCGUUCCUCCCUCUUUGCUCUCGCGCGCUCUUCCUCCCCCCUUGGGCGGUCUCAGUUGAAUCCAGACCGGCUGUUGCACCAGCCGCAUUCUUGCUUACACAUUGCGACGGCAAGACAGCAGGCAACUCCGCUCGCGUGUCCUCCGUCGGCCCCCUCGUCGUUCGUUCCUCCCUCUCCUUUUCCUCGGCCUCUCGUCCCCGCUCGUCGUGCGUCCCUCUCUGCUCCUGUGCGUCCUUCCUCCCCCCCUUGGCGUUUUCAGUUGUCUCCAGGUUAUUUAUCCCACCUGUCGAGUUACUUCCAGGCACAGCCAGCCAUCCUGGGUGGUCGCCAGCGUGUCGCACAGUUGCUGGCAGACUCGCGGCACUGAGUAGUUGAUCCUCGCGGAGCUUGGCAUUUUCGGA